UGUGCUCGUUAUUCCGGGUGUGGGUUGUAAGGUCUUGCGGACCAUCCGAGCUUUAAUGAGUUCGCUAAAGAAGAUGCAGACGGGCAAGUAGAGCCAGCAUGCCGGUGGCCCGGAGCUGGGUUUGUCGCAAAACCUAUGUGACCCCGCGGAGACCUUUCGAGAAGUCCCGCCUCGACCAAGAGCUGAAGCUGAUCGGCGAGUAUGGGCUCCGGAACAAACGUGAGGUCUGGAGGGUCAAAUUUACCCUGGCCAAGAUCCGCAAGGCUGCCCGGGAGCUGUUGACGCUGGAUGAGAAAGACCCGCGGCGUCUGUUUGAAGGCAACGCCCUGCUGCGGCGACUCGUCCGUAUCGGGGUGCUGGACGAGGGCAAGAUGAAGCUGGAUUACAUCUUGGGCCUGAAGAUUGAGGAUUUCUUGGAGAGACGCCUGCAGACCCAGGUCUUCAAGCUGGGCCUGGCCAAGUCCAUCCACCAUGCCCGUGUGCUGAUCCGCCAGCGCCAUAUCAGGGUCCGCAAGCAGGUGGUGAACAUCCCAUCCUUCAUUGUCCGCCUGGACUCCCAGAAGCACAUCGACUUCUCCCUGCGGUCUCCAUAUGGGGGCGGCCGCCCGGGCCGCGUGAAGAGGAAGAACGCCAAGAAGGGCCAGGGCGGGGCUGGAGCCGGCGAUGACGAGGAGGAGGAUUAAGCCCACCCCGCCCCGCCUGCGCUGAUGGGGUGUCUAGUUUUCCAGCCAGAUAAUA